GCUUUUGACGGGCGAGCGAGAGAGUAAUAGAAUAGCUCUCAUAUCACCACAUCAUUAUAACUACGAUAUUAUGGGCUUGAGAAGACUUUUUAAAUCUCUCUCACUCACAUCUCUGGUAUUUGCCUUUUAUAUUCUGAACUUAACUUUAGCGCUUAUUAUACUCAACAAGGACGUACAGACUUCACGUGGCAUGCUGUAUCCACGCGAGUCAGAGACGCGAGAGGUGCGUACCCUGGACGGGAUCUGGAAUUUUGUGCGCUCAGACGAGUCGAACCCAACGCAGGGGAUACGUGAUGGUUGGUUCAAGGAUGACUUGAGCAAGAGCAGGCCAACCAUUCCAAUGCCUGUGCCUGCGUCGUACAAUGAUAUCACAACGGAGCAGGCGUUGCGGGAUCAUGUGGGCACAGUUUGGUACGAUCGCAAGUUUUUCGUGCCUCGAUCGUGGGCUCAUGAGCAGCGUGUGUGGUUGCGUUUUGGCAGUGUUCAUUAUGAGGCAUUUGUGUGGAUGAACGGUCAGUUGGUCGUAAAGCACGAGAUGGGCCACUUGCCCUUUGAAACAGAGGUCACACAUUUGCUGCAAUACGGUGCCGAAAAUCGCAUCACGGUUAUGUGCGACAAUGCAUUGAUACAGACAACUGUGCCGCAGGGGAAAAUAUCGGAAAUGGCCAACGAUGGUGGCGUUACCAUAAUUCAAAGCUAUACAUUUGAUUUCUUCAACUAUGCGGGUAUUCAUCGUUCCGUGCAUCUGUACACUACACCAAAAACGUUUAUCGAGCAGGUCGACAUCAAAACGAAUCUGACCAAUAACAACAGCGUGGGCCAUGUUGAUUACAGUAUUAUUGUGAAUGGUUCCGCUACUAAUGAGGCGGACAACACUUUAUAUGCACGACUGCUGCUAUACAGCAGGGAGGGUGAUCUUGUAUCCAAUGUUCGUUCAGACAGCAAGCUCCUUGGUUCAUUGCAAGUCGAGAAUGUUAACCCCUGGUGGCCGUAUCUUAUGCAUUCUGAUCCAGGAUAUCUGUACAAGCUAGAGAUCAAGCUGUAUGCAGCCAAUGAGCAGCUAUUGGACGUGUACCGUUUAAAUGUUGGCCUACGAACGCUAAGCUGGAAUAACACAACAUUCCUCAUUAAUGGCAAGCCGAUAUACUUUCGUGGCUUUGGACGCCACGAGGACGCCGAUGUUCGCGGAAAGGGCCUGGACAAUGCCUUAAUGACACGUGACUUUAAUUUGCUUAAGUGGAUUGGCGCCAAUGCAUACCGCACAUCGCAUUAUCCCUACUCAGAAGAAUCGAUGCAGUUUGCCGAUCGACAUGGCAUUAUGAUCAUCGACGAAUGCCCCAGCGUGGAUACUGAAAACUUCAAUCAGGUAUUGUUGGGCAAACACAAAUCCUCUCUGGAGCAGCUCGUGCACCGAGAUCGUAAUCAUCCAAGCGUGGUUAUGUGGUCGAUUGCUAAUGAACCGCGCACGGGGCAAUUAAAUGCCGACACCUAUUUCCAAUUUGUCGCUAACUACACACGCUCCUUGGAUGGUACAAGACCAAUUACAGCGGCUAUCGCAGUACCUUCAACUGAUGACAAGGCGGGACGUUACCUGGACAUAAUCAGCUUUAAUCGCUACAACGCUUGGUAUAGCAACACUGGUCGUUUGGAUAUGGUAACGAAGCGUGUCAUUGAAGAAGCCACCGCAUGGAACAAAAAGUAUGACAAACCCGUUCUUAUGGCUGAGUAUGGCGCCGAUACGCUAGAAGGUCUUCAUCUUCAACCAGCCUUUGUAUGGUCUGAGGAGUUCCAAACCGCGGUAUUCUCACAACACUUUAAGGCUUUCGAUGCCUUGCGGCGCAAAAAGUGGUUUAUAGGCGAAUUUGUGUGGAACUUUGCAGACUUCAAGACGGCGCAAUCUUACACCAGAGUCGGCGGGAAUAAAAAGGGCGUCUUUACACGUGCCCGCCAACCCAAAGCAGCAGCACACCUCCUUCGCCAGAGAUAUUUUGCUCUAGGUCGCGAGGUGGAUCAGUGCAGCUUGCCAGAUGAUCUGUUCACCUACAUUGCUGAUGUGGGUAACAGUGUCAAGCACGAUUCCAGUGACCUAUGAAGCUGAUGGGAUGAUACAUCUGCGAAACCCUUAAACUAAAAGCAGAUAGAAAGUACAAUCAUAUAUACCUAAGUACAUACGAAAGGAAAUUAUUGUAAAUAUUUUUACUGUUUUUAUAGCCAUUGUUAAACUUUGAACUGACCACAAAUGCAUUUUAGUGGCAAUGCCCUUUUUUAAAUAAAAUGUGUUUC